AUGUCGUUUCUUGCAAAGUCCGUGAAAAAUCCCUUCGCUCAAUCUUAUUCCAUCACCAAAUUUUCAUCCCGCAAAUUCUUUAAUUCUGCCAUACAAAAAAAAACCCAUGGAGGAUCCUUUCCAUUUUUGUUAAACCCGGCAAGGGAAUCUAAACCAAGAAAAACGGGACAAACAGAAAUUCGUGGACCUUAUUAUAGUCCGAUGGGUAAAAGAUAUUUAUCGGAUAUUUUAGAAACCAUGGGAUCUUAUGUCGAUUCGUUAAAGUUUGCUGGAGGAUCAUUUACACUUUAUCCUGAAAAUGAAUUAAGAGGAAUUAUUGAGCUUGCACAUGAAUAUGAUGUUAAGGUUUCCACUGGAGGUUUUAUUGAAAGAGUUUUAUUGGCCCAAGGAAUUGGGGAUCAAAAGGGUUUAAUCGACAAAUACAUGAAAAAGUGUAAAGAUUUCGGAUUUGAUACGCUUGAGAUUAGCGCCGGAUUCAUUAGCAUCCCAUCAAGUGACUUUUUGCGUUUGAUUAACAAAGCAUCAACACUCGGUCUGAUUCCGAAACCUGAGCUAGGAAUUCAAUUUGGAUCAGGAGGUGGUGUACUUGAUCCAUCCCUCACCACUGCAACUACCAAACAGGAUAUCCAACAUUUAAUCUCUCGAGCUCAUCUCUUCCUUAAAGAAACUAGCACUCCAUUAUUGAUGAUUGAAAGUGAGGGAAUUACAGAGAAUGUACCUAGGGAACAAUGGCGUACUGAUGUUAUUGCUAGAAUCAUUCAAGAAGUUGGAAAGGAAAAUGUCAUGUUUGAAGCAGCUGAUCCGGAGGUUUUUACCUGGUUCGUAAAGAAUUAUGGUGCUGACGUUAAUUUGUUUGUUGACCAUAGUCAGAUUGUUCAAUUGGAAUGUCUUAGGUGA